AUGAUUAAAGGGGCCUGUGUGCAUAACCUCCGUCCACAAGAAUCCACUGAGCUUAUCGUUCUUUGCUUAACGGACUUACCGAUUAGCAUCUUUCUUCCUUUCUUUCAUUCCUUCUUUCUUUCUCUUUCCAUUUCUUUCUUUCCUUCCUUUCUUCCUUUUUAUUUAGUUCUUUCUUUUCUUCUUUCUUUCUUCCUUUCUUUCCUUCUCUCUUUCUUUCUUUCUUCUUUUUUUACUAUGUCUAUUCAUUUAUUUUUAUAUGUUAGUUUCGGUUUCUUUCUUUGUUUCAUUUUGUUUUUCUUUCUUUCUUUCUUUCUUUCUUUCUUUCUUUCUUUCUUCCUUCUAAGCGUUUAUCUUCCUUUAAUUCCUAUCUCUUUGUUUCGUUUUCUUUCUUUGUUCAUUCUUUCUUUCUUUCUUUCUUUCUUUCUUUCUUCUAAGCCUAAGUCUUUUUUCAUUUUCUUAAUUUUAUUCAAUCUAUUCUUUUCCAUUCUAUCCAUCUCCUCACAGAUUUCUCUCUCUCUCUCUCUCUCUCUCUCUCUCUCUCUCUCUCUCUCUCUCUCUCUUACUCCUAGUUCAAAACUUUAUUCUCACUUUCCCCCACCCUUGCCGGAUUUUUUUGUCCUUCCCGCCAUUGUCUCUCCUUAUUCCCUAAUAAUACCAAUCAAAACCGAUCAAUAA